AUGAUUAAUCCAAAAAUCCUUUACAGCUACAUAAGACAGAGCACACGGAACAAAGAUCCUGUCCCACUGCUGCGAACGGCUGAGGGUGUGGAAAUUUCCGGUGACAAGGAUAAGGCUGAACAUCUCUCUCAGUUCUUCCGGUCAGUCGUGACAAGUGAACCUGCUUUUUCCUCACCCGCUUAUGAAGACGAUGAAACACCUACCCUCGAAGCCGUCUUCUUCACCGAAACAAUUGUUCGGAAUGAGUUACUAAACCUAAAAGAAUCGACCUCCCCAGGCCCUGAUGCAAUCCCAGCCAAGCUGCUGAAGGAACUAGCUUCCGAAAUGUCCAAGCCGUUAGCCUUGAUCUUUCAAACGUCAUUUGUUACUGGAUGCCUGCCCUCUGACUGGAAGUCCGCUACCAUCACUCCACUUUUUAAGGGUGGAAGUCGUGCGUCUGCGAAUAACUACAGGCCAGUGAGUCUUACCUCCAUCUGUUGCAAAAUCAUGGAGAAGAUCAUUAAGAAGGCCUUGGUGCAGUUCCUUGAGCAGCACCAUCUCCUUUCUGAUGCCCAACAUGGCUUUCGAAGAGGUAGGUCCUGCCUCACGAAUCUGCUCUUUACGCUCGAACGCUGGACCAAAGCACGUGAUGAAGGCAAGGUGGUGCACGCCAUCUACAUCGACUUCAAAAAGGCUUUCGACAGCGUUCCUCAUCAUCGUCUCUUGUACAAACUGCGCAACGCUGGAAUUCGUGGACGCCUUCUUGUAUGGAUCCAGAGCUUUUUGGCUGGACGGUCCCAGAUAGUGCAGGUCGGGCGUCAACAGUCCUCUGAUGUAAGAGUGGUGAGUGGCGUCCCACAGGGCUCAGUCUUAGGUCCCACGUUAUUCCUCGUUUUCGUAAAUGACUGCGUCAAGGACCUAGACUGUGAUGCCAUCCUGUUUGCCGACGACAUAAAAUUGUGGAAAGUUAUUCACGAUGCGGCAGACGCAGACCACCUGCAAGCAAACUUGAACAGGCUCGAAGACUGGUCGAAGCGCUGGCUUAUGCCCUUCAAUAUAAGCAAGUGUAACUUUCUUCAACUCGGCGGCUUCAGAGCCCCCAGCCCCAGGACCUACUUUCUAAACGGCACACCACUGCAACAGGUUGACAGUCAGAAGGAGCUGGGUGUAUGGAUUACAUCUUCACUCAAACCAACACUGCACUGCGCGAAGGCGGCUAAAUCGGCUACGGCUACAUUGCAACUCAUUAGGCGAGCAUUUAUGGGAUUUGACCCUGACUGCUUUUCCAAAAUAUUUGGCACCUUCGUGCGACCUCAUCUAGAAUACGCCAUACAGACGUGGAGACCCUGGACUGCCAAAGAUUAUACCGUCUUGGAGACGGUCCAGAGACGGGCGACCAAAAUGACACAAGGUCUGGGAGCACUGCCCUAUGAAACCAGACUGUCAAUCCUCAACCUGUUUCCCCUUUCCUACAGGCAAUUACGUGGUGACCUUAUAUUGACAUUUCGCAUCAUCAAAGGCCUAGACUGUUGUUUAGAUCCCACUGAUUAUUUCACCCAAGCUAACACGCCCAAUUUGCGCGGUCAUCCCCUAAAACUACGCGCAGGGAAAUCAAGAACCAAUGGACGAAAGUCCUUUUUCAGUAACAGAGUGGUUGCAGCCUGGAAUUCCCUACCUACCGAUGUUGUAACCUCCUCCUGGGUGAACUCCUUCAAGUGUAGACUUGACCUGCAUCAGGCUUCCCAAUUACCACCCCCACAUCCACUCACAUAA